AUGGGCAAUUCUCAUGAUAACAAGAGUCACCCUAAAAAGAUUAAGCGUCCAAAACCGUUGAACGACAGUCAAAUUAAGGAGAUAGCACAACUAACGGGAUUUACAUCUGAUCAAGUUAAACAAUUACGUGCGGGCUUCUUGAACUUUUAUCCAACAAACGGACAUGCUGAUAAAUUUUGUGAAUAUGUUUUUAAUACAUUUGAUUCAGAUGGAUCAGGAAAAGUCGAUUUCAUUGAAUUUUUACUUGCCACCAGUCUUAUAACACAAAAAGAUCCGGUGAAGAAAUUGGAAUGGGCAUUCACCAUGUAUGACCGUGAUAAAAGUGGAUCGAUUAGUCGAAAAGAAAUGAAGAAGAUUAUGGAUUCUAUCUUCGAUUUACUUGGCGAAGAUAAGAACGGUACAGAACAUAGUGUAGCUGCCACAGUUGACCAAAUCUAUUCGAAAAUGGAUAUUAAUGGGGAUAAUAAAUUGUCGAAGGAAGAAUUUGUUAACGGCUGUCUAGCAGACGAUUAUCUAAGAAGAUUAUUAGCACCGGGAUCUAACUAA